AUGUUGACCGUACCACAAUUCAAUGAUGGCCAAUUCAAAGCUCAUUUCAGGAUGCUUCCAACCACAUUCGAAUUUGUAUUGACUCUAGUUGCUCCAAAGUUAAAUAGAACAAAGCCAGGUUACAAAUCUGUUUCACCAAAUAAACAAUUUUUAAUUGCAAUUUGGAAAAUGGCUGCUCCGGACUCUUACAGAUCAAUUUGUGAAAAAUUUGAUGUGGGGUGGGCAACUGCAUUAAGAUGUAUCAGAAGAGUCAUAGUUGCCUUGGAAAUUUUGGCACCAGCUUUCAUAACUUGGCCAAACGAGGAAAAAUCUGAGGAAAUUAAAAAUGGAUAUUUUUCUACCAGCACUUUUCCAAAUGUGCUUGGUGCAAUUGAUGGGACACAUAUUAACAUUCCUGCACCUCAUGACCAUCAAGAAGCUUAAUAUGUUAAUAGAAAAGGAUACCAUUCAAUUCAAUUAUUCACUGAUUUUUCACAGGCCGUGUUUGAUAAUAAAUGUUGUUUUAUUCAUUGCUAUGCUAGAAAUGUUGGUUCAGUACACGACCAACGGGUUUUCAGGUUAUCUGAACUGAAAAAUUACCUUGAUGACCCAACUAACUUUCCUAGUAACACUCAUUUGAUUGGUGAUGCCGCUUAUACAUUACAUGAACAUUUACUAGUACCAUACCGUGACAAUGGGCACUUAACUCAAAAGCAAAAGAACUUUAACUUUUGUCAUUCCUCUGCCAGGAUGGCAAUUGAACGUUCUUUUGGUUUCCUUAAAGGGCGGUUUCGAAGUCUUCUGACAACCUUAGAUAUGAAACGUGUCGAUCCAAUCCCCAAGUAUAUUAUUGCAUGCUGUGUUUUACAUAAUAUAUGUUUAUUUAAAGAUGAUGAGUUUCCUGAUCUACACGAAACACCACCUGUAGAUGAUAAUGUACAAGCUCGUGAAGAGUUGGUUGAAAUUAAUCGUCAAGGAGCAAUUAAGAGGGAUAAUAUUUGUGAUCAACUACCUCUUCGACAUAUUUAG